UUCGCGCCUUUUGUAGCAUGGUUGAUUUCAAUGAGACAAACUGCUGGACGGUUUGAAAGUGGAAGUGUUUUCAGAUAUUUGUUUCUUGAAUUUUGUUCCAUAGUGAAAGAAAAUUAGAAUGGCAGCCGAAGCCGAUGGACAAGAACAAAUAGGCGAAGCUGACACAGAUGCCCGAAUGCAAAUUCAAGAUAUUAUUGAAUCCCUCAAUGUUGAGGAGUUGAAUCUAACUGAGCCUGGGAAUAAAUCCCUUGAUAGAAAAAUCACCCAACUGGACCGGAUCUUUGAUGAAUACGAUGGUAAAAAUGUCAAUGCUUCCCAAGCGAGGUUGGACAUUGUUGCUUUCAGCAAACUUGCUGCCAUCAACCAUCAGAGAAUCAGACGAGUCGCUGCAAGCAGUUGGAACUUCAGAGCAACGGAUUUUGCAAACAGAAUAGUCAGAUUGGUGGAUGGUGAUGAAAGCAGGCAAUCAGAAUCACAGAGCGAAGACAAAAUAAAGAAAAAGCUGGACCAAAUGGUCCAGCCACGUUUUAAUCGCUGUGUGCCUUUAAAACCUUUACUUGGUGCUGUUGUACUCCACAAACAUGAGGCUGUUCCCAAAGAACGACGGCAACGGCAGCCCCGAAAUCCUCAAGAAAAAGUCGUCGCUCAACUAUUGCAGCCAAAAAAAUUGGACGACAUUGCAGAAGAGGAUCAAAACACUGCAGUUGCUAAACAUGUCGAGUACAUUAUGAAGUGCUUGGCAAAAGAAUAUAAGGCAAAUAACGAGAAGCCCAUUUCGUUUUAUCACUUUGUUAUCGAUCCGACGUCGUUUUCAAAUUCAGUAGAGAACAUAUUCUACAUAAGUUUUCUCAUCAAGGACGGUCACGUCUCAAUCAACGAAGAUGGCGAAAAUGGCUUGCCUUCGUUGAGGGUUGUACCUAAGAAAACUUCUUCGUCUCAGGCUCAAGAGGCAGUGUCUAAGAAGCAAUUGGUACUGUCGCUUGACCAGAGAAGGUGGCAAGCAAUAUCUCAAGGAUUGGGUCUAAAAAGCGCUGCCAUUGAUCCGAAGUCGAAAAAGAGUUCCUUUCACAAACGCCCCCGCCAUAACUAAGUUGUGCAGAGAAAGCAAGUUGCGGCAUUUACUGAAGUGUGAAACUCUGAUGUCAUGUGACCUGUUCUUAAUUCCUAUUCUUUCCAUUCUGUUUCCUCAUAAUCCGGACUCUUCGUAUCUAUCUUAAAAUUGAAAAAAAAAGAAAAAGAUGAUGAAAGAAGAAAUUGUUUUAAAGUCAGUAAAGGCUUGUUUGUUGUGAGCAACCCAGAAAUUAUUGUACAAUAUUUUACACGGAAUAAACCAUUCAAUGUUUA